AUGUGGCGGGAUCAACUUGCAAGUACUACGCAGCGUACACAUCGUCUCAACAACGACAGAAGUCUUAAUUCUACGGUAGAUUGGAAUUCCACCACGCAGCAUAUCAGGGACGACAAUGACAAAAAUGGGAUCAUCUUAGAGGAACCUCUAGCUGACGGUCCAAGAAAGUCUCGAAGAAGGGUCUGCAUUGGCAUUGACUACGGAACAACAUUCACCUCGGUAUCAUAUCAUAUCAUGUCACUCGAGGAAGAAGAAAUUACAUUGCCCCAGGCCUGUGACAUCAAGACCAUCAGAAAUUGGCCGGAUGAUAGUAGUGGCAACGCUGAGCAAGUACCGACCGAGAGUUGGUAUCCGGAGGUGACUAUCAAACGAUGUCGCCCGUAUGAACAAUUCGACGAACCAGAAGACAUGAAAAACAGCAAAUAUUUUGUGGAAGACAUUGAUUCCCAUCACAUGAUAAGAGAUGAAGGAGAAGGAAAUGAAAAUGACAUAACUCCAGUCCCUAUAAUCGACUUGGAAGACGACUCGUCUGAAUUCUUUUGGGGUUACUCAGUAUCAUAUCAGAGGUACCAUUUGAAUUCCCAACGCGAUCCUAGCAGGCUCCUGCAGCGACCAAAAUUGAUGAUGCUUAGCACAGAAUACACAGAGCAGGAUCGAAAACAACUCCGUCAGCAAGUCCAACAUUUGGUCAAGGCCGGAGUCAUAAGGAAAUACGGGAGAAGAAACGUUUCAGACAUGCGCGAUGUCCGGGAUAUUAUCACCGACUUCCUUGUCAAAGUCUUUGAGCACACUAAGAAACAAUUGGAAGUCAAUGAAGAUUUUGACGAGGAAUGCUCCGUCGAAUUUGUGCUUGCCGUACCAACCAUCUGGUCUAGCCAAGCAUCCCGUGUACUACAGCUCUCUGUGGAAGCCGCAAUUCGUGCUUCGUCAUUCGGGAGCCUCGUCAACAACAGCUUGGUAAACUUAUUCAUCGUGCCAGAGCCCGAAGCAGGAGUCACUUGGAUGCUGCAGCGUAUGUCGACGACACCGCUUCGAGAAGCCAUCACCUGUCUUGAUGCUGGUGGUGGAACUGUUGAUUGCGCUACUUAUCAAGUUUGCAAUACUCAUCCAACAAGGCUUGGAACUGCGAUUCUUGAACCGACUGGUGACAAUUGCGGCGGCAGCUGCUUGAACGAUAAUUUCAGGAAGCAUCUGCGAUCACGAUUGCACUUCGAGAAAUAUCUCGUAUGCAACGACAAUACACUUGAAUCCAUAAUCAACCGUGCAGCUCGAGAUUUCGAAGCUUUUGACAAACCAAGGGCGGAUAUCAUGGCGAAGGCCUUCUUUCGAUAUCGUAUCGACCAUCUCAAGGGAGACCCUCCCUCAGCUUUUCCAGGCCUGACAGGUAGAAAGCGGUUCGAGAAUAACAUCCUAAUCAUGGAAAAGCAAGACUAUGAGGAGAUAUAUCUUCCAAUUCUCCGCAGAGUGUGGGCUGUCCUGAAGAAACAAUUGGAUGUAGCUCGGGAAAAGACCCUCAUGGUCAAAACCGUAUUUCUCAUCGGCGGGUUUUCUGCUUGUCCGUCGCUGAUAAGCGUCCUGAAGGCUCGACUUAUCAAGUACGAAAGGGAUUGUAACCUUCCCUACACAAUCAGACUUAUCGAAGACAAAAAGAAGAGUGUAGCAGCCGUUUCUGCGGGUGCUGUACUUCGUGCGCUUGAUAAAGCAAAUGGCCCCCCUAGAGUGAUCCAAUCCAGCUACGGUUUUCUUCGCCGAGAACCGAUCGAUCCCGAGAUUUUCGAGGGCCAUAAACAUGCAUACCCAUCAAAAGACCCAAAUGAUGGGGACUGGUAUGUGGACGUGAUCAACUAUGUUUUGCACAAGGGACAUCCUGUAUUAGCGACGCAAGAGUUCGAGCCAAUAAAGAUGCUACAUAGUUUCGCUGUCGAUGAAGACGAAGAGGAGGCUAAAGUUGACGGUGCGCCUCCGAAGUUGCUGUGUCAUGAAUUGCUUUACGUGUCAGACACUGCAACUGAGUCUCAUUUCCCGUUCAAAGGCUUCAAGAACCGUGAUGUGCAGCUCGUGGGCCGAGUUGUCACAGACAUCACUUGUCUGAAAGAUCAGAAUCUUCUCGAGAUUGUGGAACCCGAGACCGACCAUGACGGAAACCUGUGCGGAAAGCGCCACUAUAAGGUCGAGUAUGAUCUGGUACCCAUGAUUAGAGGAAGAGACUUGAUCUAUGAAACCAGAUGGCCGUCCUCAGAUGCUUUGGCUCGGGUUGAGAAUGACCGCAAGAAACGGCGACGGUUGCAGAAACAUGAGUUCAAAAAAACGGCACAGAUCAGUAUCGCCGCAGCUUUCAUGCCUGGCACUAGCUAG